UUCAAGUUCAGCGCGUCGGUGCACUGACGCACGAGCACCAUUACACAGCUCGCAAGCCCGUGUCCGUCAAAACGAUAUGGGCGCCGCCUGACUGCUCAAUCGCCUGCCCGCUCCCUUCCCUGCCCACCCCGGAACCGCUGUCGCGCCCAGUGCCCCCGCUGCCCACCGCCUGGUCGUGGGAUAGCAUCCGCACGCGUCUACCCCGCCAGCACGCGCGAUCUACGACGCCCGCCCCGUUCCUGCCAGCACCAUGGACGCCGUCCCGGGCGCGAGGCUGGCAGUUCCACAUGACCACGACCGGCCGAGUCAUAGACGAAACAAGUCCGCCACGACGAUCAAGUCCUUCUUGACCGGAAGGGGCCACAAGCGCUCGCCUUCCGACGGCACCACCCUGACCGUCGCGACCCCGAACGAGAAUGCAAGGCCCAGAAGCUCCCAGGCCGUCAUGGGCGCGAUGCCCUUGCUGCCCCCCGACCAUCCGCAUGGCCAGCGUGUCCUCGGCGAACUCUACAACCAGAUGAGCAACGCGCCCGCGUCGCCCAAGAAGUCGGACGAGAACCGCGAGAGCAAGCGCAAGUCGGUCCACAAGAAGACGCUCAGCGCCGUGUCGUUGAGGUCGCUCGCUAGGGGCCAGGACAAGCCAAAGGAGGAAAAGGAAAAGGAGGUCGGAAAGGAGGGGAAGCGCGAGGAGCGGCGCGAGGAGAAGCGUAUGUCGCGCGAUAUCAAGAAGACCAAGUCGUCGACAAGUCUGUCGGCAGUCUUCGCAAAGGCCAAGCAGAGGAAGGAGAACAACCAUCCGUCCAAGGACAAGGAAAACACGACGCCGCCGCACUCUGCUGUAUCCGCCACGAACGCCCCGAUAUGGGCAGAGUUCUCCACGCAAAGACCGGCCGAUUAUCAGGAGACGACUUCCCCGGCCGCCAUCCCACCCCGCGACCGACAGGAUGUUGACAAUGACAUCGCCCUUUACACUCCGACCGAAUAUACCCCCUCCAAGCAGCGCAACUUUUACGAUUUCGAAAGGCCAACUCUCCAAAUUAGCCGACAAACCUCCGGUGGCAAUCCGCGGCCAAGUUCCAUGUUCUCGCCAAAGUCUGGUUCCUCGACGUCCUUCUUAGAUACCCUUUCGAGAAAGAUUAGCGAUGAGCGCAAACAAGCAUUUAGUGGUAAGGCGCAAAACUUCAUGGAAAACUGGAAAAUGAAAGGAGACCAAUCUAGCCGGCCAUCAAACGAUUCCAUUCCUCGGCGUAGCAACUCCGACAAGCGCAAAUAUAGCGAGGAAAAGAGGUACAUGGAGGCGGCUAUCGCCUCAAAACGAGGAUCUCGGGUCAUGGCGGCUGUUGCGGCGAUUAACGGGCGGGCUCCGGAUGGAAAGGAGAUAGAAGCACCUUUGGACCAGGAGAAGAUUGACGCUGAGUUCGAGGCUGUGCUGGAUUCCAGGAACAUUCCGGAAAAUCUUCGCGAGAAAAUGCGCAGUCUGAACACACGCGUCAAGGCAGAUUUCAUCAGUAAAAAUAAGAUCGACGAGCCUCAACCACCUUUCCUACCGCCAAAACCAGCCUUUUGGGACGAAAGCAGACCAGCGGGUCGCCGCACAACGUCUGACAACAGCAAUGAACGUAUCAUCGACGACGACGAGGAUCUUCCUGGCACCAAACGCAGACCUCGGAGCAAGACGUUCACCUUCAGCAGGGCAGAUAAAGGUGAAAAGGGCGAAAAAGCCGAGAAGCAAAAGCCGGACACUGGGGGAACGCUGGACAGAUCGAGCUACGAUACAGUCAAGUCUGCCUCCUCCAAAUCGCUGGCGAGUUCAGCAGGCCCUUCGUUUUUCAGCAGAGCCCCCAAAGCCGCUGUUCCGGAAGAAUUUGUUGCGUAUCUAAGGCAGGUACAAAAGCCCGAAGAAGUCGAGGUUGGCAAAAUCCACAAGCUCCGGUUGCUGCUGAGGAAUGAGACAGUCGCUUGGGUCGAUUCCUUCAUUCGCCAAGGCGGCAUGAUGGAGAUAGUGGGCCUGUUGCACCGCAUUAUGCAGAUCGAAUGGCGUGAGGAACACGAGGACACUUUACUUCACGAAUCGCUGCUCUGCCUGAAAGGCUUGUGCACUACCGACCUCGCCUUGCAGAAAUUAUGUGAAAUCGAGUCGACUUUGUUCCCAGCAUUGUUAGCUAUGCUGUUCGACGAGGAGCACAAGGGACCCAGCGAGUUCACCACGCGGGGUCUCAUCAUGAGUCUUCUCUUCGCCCAUCUCUCUUCCGCUGCACCGCCUGAGCUGCCUGACCGCGCGCGAACCAUCCUGAACUACCUUAAGGAUCCUCAGAAGCCCGAGCAGGCACGCCCAGUCCCCUUCAUCCUUGAGAUGUACGAGUCGCGUCCCUACCGCGUAUGGCACCGCGAAAUAUCAAACGUGACGAAAGAAGUCUUCUGGAUCUUUUUGCACCAUCUGAACAUCAUUCCUCUCUUGCCCCAAACCUCGGGCGAUGGCGAGAAUGGUACGCAAGGCCUCAGCUACGCCCAGCAGAACUUCCCGCAACCGCGUCCGCCAGUCCCCGCAGCGCCCUACGUUGGCGGUGUCGAAUGGGAUGCUACCAACUACAUUGCCACCCACCUGGAUCUGCUCAAUGGACUCAUUGCAUCCCUUCCCACUGUCGGAGAACGCAACACACUACGCGCCGAAUUACGCGCGUCGAAAUUCGAAAUCACCAUGGGUGGUGCGCUGCGCACUUGCAAGGAGAAGUUUUACGGUGCUGUGCAUGACGGUCUGCGGACCUGGGUCAAGGCUGCUGCGGCAGAUGGUUGGGAGGUCAAGGACGUCAGGUUGGGACCAAAAGAGGAGCCCAAGGUACCAAGGAGCCCGAGCCCCAAGAAGAAGGAGCAACCGCCGCCAAAGAUCGAGACGCCAAAGAUUGAGCUGCCAAGUCUGAAUCUCGGUGUCGACCUGGACAAUAGAUUGGGUGAGGUCAAGGGAGAGGCAGGAGACGACUAUUGGCUUUAAUGCAUUCAGCUGCUGCGGACGCCUACGGGCUAGGGCAAGGCCGGUGUUGGGUUACCUGGGCUGCGACUGCGAAGUUUCGCAUUGCGGCUGGUGUUGGAUAAAACGGGUUGUGAUAGGCAUUUCUUUCGGCGCUUUUGGUCUCCGGGGCUCCCUUUUCUCAUUGGUCUUUGAGUGACCUUGCUUUUCUCUUUUCAGCUGACGAAGCUUACGAACUAUGACACUCACGAACAGGCCCGACAACCGCAUGCCAAAGACGUUGCGAGCGGCUGUUUCUUAGCAAGUUGGUUUGAUGUGGACGCUGAUUGUUUGUCGCUAACACCUUUAUUCGUUUUCUUCUGUAGUCUACUAUCGUCAUGGGAGGAAUGCUUUAUAGUGGGAUGGGGUAGGUACUACUUGACAUUGGGACAGGAAUGGAUGGUGGAGUGUAAUUAGGCGUAGAUAUACUUAUGACCAGCGACAUGAUCAUUUCUAUGCAU